AAAUAGGUAUUUGUAAUGGAUUAGCAUCAACAAACCUAUCCAAUAACUUCCCAAAUUUAGGGUCAAUAUUGCUUGUAUAUAUAUAUAUAUAAGUUUCUCUGCGUCUAAUCCUUCAUUCUAUCGCAAUUUUCUGUCUGAUUAGGCCUUUCUCUUGUCAGGGAUCAAUGGUUAAGCCUCAGCCAAUGUUACUCCUCCUAUUAGCAUUAACCUUUCCUAUUUGUUCACUUGGUGAUGUUGGCAUUGCUGGCUUCUACAAAGCUCCAUAUUUACCUACUGCCUGCUACGGAGACGAUCCAUCGAAAUUUCCGACGGACGACAUGUUCGCGGCAGCUGGGGAGGGGAUAUGGGACAAUGGCGCAUCUUGUGGGAGGCAAUAUUUUGUGCGAUGCAUAAGCGCAUCAAUUCAUAAAAACUGUAAACCAGAGGAGACGAUUCGAGUUCAGAUUGUCGAUCGCGCACAGACAUCUGUGUCCAAACCAUCCAGACCUGGUUCGACAUUUGUUCUAUCGACUACUGCUUAUGGAACUAUUGCUGAUCUUUCUGCACGAUCAGUCAACAUUGAAUUUCAACAGGUUUGAAGAAUUUGAUCUACAACUUGUCAAGGCAAGCAAAGUGAUCAAAGGGGGAUUUUUAUCGUACUUAUGCUGAUUAUAUAGAAGAGAGAUCGCUUUUGUACUAGCCAAACAUUCCGUGACUAUACAUACAUAUAUAUAAUAUGAAUGAUUUCGGCAACUUUUAUCGA